AUGACUAAACCCAAUCUUGCUGUUUAUGGGGCUGAUGCACGAAUUCCUGACGGUACUGAGGAAAAUGAAGAAAUGGAAAGGGCUGUGUUUACUGGAGACACUUUGUUAGUUGGUGGAUGUGGAAGAAUCGUUGAAGGAGACGCCAAAGACAUGUACAACGUUCUUUAUAACAUAUUAGGAAAGCUUCCAAAAGAUACAAAAGUUUACUGUGGCCAUGAAUGUGCUAGACUAAAUCUUCAGAAAAAAUUGUCAUGGUCUCAAACUACACAUUGUACCGUUCCUAGCACUAUUGAAGAAGAAUUAGAAUAUAACCCCUACCUAAGGGUUUCGGAUCCAGCUAUUCAACAAGCCACAGGCGUUACUGAUCCAUACGAAGUUACUCGAAUGCUGAGAGCAUUAAAUGACACGUUCAUGAGUCAAACGGAUGGAAGCAAUGGAUUGGGAGUUCAUGGGAUUAACGAAAGUGAAAAUAAUGUUAAUGAGAUGAAUGGAGUUCAUAAUGGAAUCGCAG